UUACUACCCUGAGCUUCCGUUCCACCACCACCCACCCCUCCGUCAAAAAGAAAAAAGUCUUCUUCCCUCCCAUAUCCCUUGCAUUGUCAUCUCCAUUCUUCCUCCCUUCCUCAUAAGCAUAAUCAUCCUGCUCUCCAUACACCCCUCUCUCACAUCAAUUCACCAUGGAAAGUCCUACCACAGCAACAAGCAAAGUUGAAAUAACAAAUGUUCCCUCUCUUUUAGCUUUUACCACAACCACUGCCACGUCCGUACUGCCUUGCUCCAAGAAAGCAAAACAACGACCCACCGUCGCCACUUUACCCCCACUGGACGAAUUUAUUGCGAACCUCUUUAAACGAUCACAAUUACCGCCCAGCAUAUGCCUCGUGUCGCUGAUCUACCUCCAACGACUCAAGACAAGUCUUCCUCGCCAUGCGCGUGGUGAUCUCGACACACCUUACCGAUUAUUUCUUGCGGCAAUCCUAACAGCAUCGAAAUUCAUGUCUGAAGCCGGAUCGGCCCUGACGAGUCAGGCCAUAGCCGAGAUGACCGAUCACGUUUACUCCAGCAAAGAUGUGAACCUGAUGGAGCGCAGCUUUCUUGGUCUGAUCAAAUAUGAUCUGUUUGUCAACGUGGAGGCCAUCAAAGAUUAUCUCGCCUUGCAUGGACGUUUGCUCGAAAUGGAUCUCAUCGAACAUGUUAUGGAGCAGCAGCAGCAACAGCAGCAAUAGUGAAGGGGAGUGACCCUUUUCCGUCUCUCUCUCUCUCUCUCUCUCUCUCUCUCUCUCUCUCUUCAGUGUACAUAGCCUCGCUAAUUCUUUCCAAUUGUAUAUUUUGUUCUUCUUCCAUUGAUUUCCCCACAUGCACACUACACCUAUUCAAUCUGUAAAUCUAUUGUACAUAUGUUUUUGAUUUUCUUUCGUGCAGCUCUUUCCCCCUCUUUCUG